AUGAAGCUGAAGGUGUUUGGAUUUGUCGUGGGACUUAUGGCCACAUUCAUAACUCUUUUGUUCCUGUAUACAAACAAGCUAGUCCCGAAAAACUACCUGCAAGUGAGGAAAAUCUCAGAUUCUUCAGACCUUGCACACGUCUGUGACAUGGUUGUGACAGGAAAGGAAAUUUUCAUGAAUGAAAAUAUACCAAUGACACUGCUGAGAAAUGUAACUUGCCAACAAUACUUGAUCCAGAAUCACUACAUAAUGGAACCUUUGUCCAAGGAUGAAGUUGAGUUCCCUUUGGCAUAUGUCAUGGUCAUCCACAAGGACUUUGAUACAUUUGAAAGGCUCUUCCGGGCCAUUUACACUCCCCAGAACCUCUACUGUGUUCAUAUGGAUGAGAAAGCUUCAGCUGCUUUCACAGAUGCUGUUGGAAAACUACUGAGCUGCUUCCCAAAUGCCUUUGUGGCUUCUAAGAGGGAGUCUGUGGUCUACGCAGGAAUCUCCAGGCUCCAGGCUGACCUGAACUGCCUGCAAGACCUUGUCGCCUCCGAAGUUCCCUGGAAGUAUGCCAUCAAUACCUGCGGGCAAGAUUUCCCCCUGAAAACCAACAGGGAAAUAGUUCUGUAUCUGAAAGGAUUUAAAGGAAAAAAUAUCACACCUGGGGGGCUGCCCCCUCCUCAUAUUAACAGGAGGACAAAAUACGUGCACUUGGAGCAGAGAUACCAUUUUUUUUCCUUCAUGCUGUGGACUUGGAUGAGAAAGAUGCCUCCUCCUCACAGUCUGACCAUUUACUUUGGCUCUGCCUAUGUGGCACUUACAAGAGAGUUUGCUAAUUUUGUUCUUCAAGACCAGAGGGCCAUUGAUUUACUUGAGUGGUCAAAGGACACCUACUCUCCUGAUGAGCAUUUCUGGGUGACACUCAAUAAUAUUCCAGUUUACCAGUGGAAUAACAUUCAGCCAACAGUAGAUAUUUUGAUACAUCUCUUUUUGAAAACUACUUGA